UUCCAUGGAUCCUAUCUUGCAAUUGAGAAGUAGGAAAUUGGGCAGAAUCUUCUUUUCGAUCAGUACGUAGUCCUAACAGAGGUCUUUGUUUGAACAUUUCCACGGCGGCUUUCUUGAGAGAGAGAGAGAGCUUGUUUAUGUACUAUAUAUACAUGCAUUAUUUUUGUAAGAUGAAGAAAGAAACUAAGAAACUAGCUAAAGAGAGAGAGAGAGAAAAGAAAAGAAAAAAGAAACCAUCAAUAUAUAGUUAGUGGGGAAGAAUGGUGGGAGAAACAGUAGAAAAGAAACUCUACAAUGCAGCAUCAGAAGGGGAUCUAACAACACUUCAAACACUGCUUCAAGAAGAUCCAUAUCUUGUUCACGAAGCCCCAUUUGCAUACUCAAGAAAUCUUCUACACGUAGCAGCAAUGCAUGGCCAAGCGGCCAUCGUUGAAGAGGUAUUGAAGAUGAAUCCACGGCUAGCUACGAGUUUAGACUCGAAAAAUUUGUCACCUCUUCACAUUGCAGCUGCGGAAGGGAGCCUUGAGAUAGUGAAAAAGUUGUUAUCACUAGCCCCGGAGGCGUGCUGGUGGCGAGAUUGUCAUGAUAUGAACCCGAUUCAUAUUGCAGCCAUGAAUGGGCAUGUCGAAAUCUUGGAGGAGCUGCUUAAAGAGAGUCAUUUGCCUGCUAUGGAGAGACUGCAUCGCGGGCAGACCGUGUUUCACCUGUGCGUGAAACACGGUCAGCUUACCACAUUGAUGGUUUUGGUGGAUAAAUUGGGAGAGCUUGUGCGUGCAAAGGAUGAUGAUGGCGAGACACUCUUGCAUUUGGCUGUUAGGUCCAAUCAACUUGCGAUUGUUGCAUUCUUGGUGGCAUUCAAAAUAAUAAAGACGCAAACACCAAAUUCCAGGGGCAAGACAGAGCUGAAAAUCUUGCUUGAGAGCCCUCCAGACACAAGUAACUAUUCGGAAAUGCAUAAAAUCUUGAAAAAACUGCAAGAUCGAUCAAAGUGGGAACCCGUCAAGUUGACCGACACCGCAAUGGUGGUUGUAGUCCUGAUAGCCUCCAUGGCGUUCCAGGUCGCCAUCAGCCCCCCCCGGCAGCGUAUGACAGGACGACAAAGACGGACACGUGGCCGGCCAAGCCAUCAUGGUAUCUACUCAUCCCUCAUCGUACAAUAAAUUCCUGAUUCAUAACACCCUAGCUUUUGUAGCAUCUCUCACCGCCAUCUUUCUCAUCAUCACCGGACUGCCAUCCCGACACACUGUUUUCUUCUAUCUCGCCAUGAAUGCAAUGUGGUUCUCGAUUCUAUUUAUUGGACUUAGUUAUGCAGAUUCUUCUAUCGUUGGAUUUGCAGUAUUUGUGUACAUUAAUCGAGGAAUCGAUGAUUAAUCAUCUUGCUCCUCAA